GACUCUGAAUGAAUUAUCAUUGUUGAAUUAUCCCUUUCUGCAUCGUUCGUUUUCUGGAAAGGCAUUUCGGCUGUCUUUUGUUCAACCGUCCGCUCAUUAACGAACAUCUAUCUCACCCGGAGUCGUUCCUUAUUUGUUGUUUUCGGUUCUUCCCUUCUUCUUUCUUUUCAAACAAGUCCAAUAGAGGAAAGGAAAUCAAUAUGAGGUUUCAAAGCGUGGUAUUUCCAGCCUUCUUGGCUGCUAGCGGCGUGUCUGCUUUUCCCACGUCGGAGAACCUGAUGAAAAUGAUGUCCGUGGCUAAGGUACAACGGUGCCCAUUCGCUGACAUCAAGGAUGGAGUCGAGAAGGCCAUCCAGAAGCGUAGUCUUCUUGAUCCCCUGUCUUCUCCCAUUGAAGUCACCGGUGAACACCAGUUCGUGCCCCCUGACUUUGCAGCUGGCGAUCAACGUGGGCCCUGUCCUGGUUUGAACGCUCUAGCAAACCAUGGAUACAUCCCUCAUAAUGGUGUCGUGUCGCUGGCGGAAGUUGUCCCUGCCAUUAAUCAAGUAUGGGGAAUGGCCCUUGAUCUUGGUCUUAUCCUUGGCGUCAUGGGAACCGUCUGGGUUGGGGAUCCAAUUUCGCUCAACCCCAGCUUCUCAAUCGCUGGCGAGUCACCUGCCAUAGAAGACUUGUUGAACAAUGUAUUUGGCAUCCUCGGAACUCCACGGGGCUUGAACGGCUCCCACAACUUCAUUGAAUCCGACUCAUCCCCGUUCCGCGAUGACCUCUAUCUCACCGGGGAUGCAUGGACGCUGAACUUGACUAAGUUUCAGCAUCUGUAUGACAUGUCGACUGACGGCACAUUCAGCAUGGACCUGAUGGCAGAAUUUGCCAAGGAUCGGUACUAUGAGAGCGUGGCUACCAAUCCUAACUUCUACUAUGGCCCAUUCACCGGUGCUAUCGCCCGAAAUGCUGGUUACAUAUUUGCUGGACGGCUGUUCCGGAAUCAUUCUGUUGAAAAUCCCGAGGGAGUCCUUACAAAGGAUGUUCUCAAGAGUAUCUUCGGCGUCAGCGGACCGGACAAUGCAUUGCAAUACACGUACGGCCAUGAACGUAUCCCAGAAAACUGGUACCGUCGUCCAGUCGACUUUGGGCUAGUGGAAUUGAACUUGGACCUGUUGGGAAUGGCUGGUAAAUAUCCCGAACUCCUCAAUAUUGGCGGCAACGUCGGCUCCGUAAACACUUUCAGCGGCGUUGACCUCUCUAAUCUCACCGGUGGUCUCCUCAAUGCCGCAAAUCUCCUCGAGGGUAACAAUCUGCUUUGCUUUGCCUUCGAAGUCGUCAAAACCGUCAGCCCCAAUGUGUUGACCAAUAUCUUCUCCACAAUCGCUGCUCCUUUGGAACUCAUCACGAAUGCGCUCGCCACACCACUGCUGGACUUGGCUUGUCCGGCUUUCAAAGAUAUUACUUACAAUGGCGAACCACUUUGGGAGGGACUUCAAUCUGCGUUCCCGGGAGCUGGAUGGGCCAAUGCUGUUUUGUAGACCUGCAUAUUGAUGCCCUUGGAAGCCAAGACGGGAACCAGAGGAAGGGAUGAAGAAGACUAUUGUGUUGCGAAGAGAUUGUAUAUAUGUAGGACUAGAAAUUGUGCAUUUGGAAAAUAUCACGAGUCGUUGUACAUUACUGAACCUAACCCUGUCCCACAAUAUGUGGAGA